AUGCCGGUGCUCCAGAAUUUGGUGCAGAGUGAAGAUGUGGUCGAUACAACCUUGACCGGGUCUAAACCCAGCCUGGUUCUCACGGCGAAGAUGUGGUCGAUACAACCUCGACCGGGUCUAAAACCAGCCUGGUUCUCACGCGUGGGAAGAUGUGGUCGAUACAACCUCGACCGGGGCCCAAGACCAGCCUGGUUCUCACGCGUGCACAAUCCGCGUGCGGCAGACAAUCGACGGAGUAUGGUGCUAGCGAGAAGUUUAGAGGCAAUGUUGAUUAAACUGGUUCCUCUGUGGUUUUCACAAGAGGAUCUAUCACCUUUCUCGUAA